UCCUCCCGUCUGCACACAGCACAGCCAGCGGAGGAACGCCGCAGAGAAGGAGCGAUCGACGGAGACGAGAAUCGGUUUCUGCAUUCUUCAUUUUUUUAUACUAAUCGGAGCUGGAAAUGGCGUCGGCGUUGAGAUCCAGUAUUCUCCGUCAUGUUCGGGUGCCAGUGUCCCGAACCAUGGUCCUCAAUGGAUUCCGCUCGACGGCCGUCCGAUCACUGUCAGCGCACGCCGACGAUCAUCUCGACAAGAAGGAAGUGAUCGACAGAGUCCUCGACGUGAUCAAAAGCCACCCCAAAGUGGAUCCUUCGAAGGUGACUCCAGAUGUUCAUUUUACGAACGAUCUGGGAUUGGACAGCUUAGACACUGUGGAGAUUGUGAUGGCUAUAGAGGAAGAGUUUAAGCUCGAAAUUCCCGACAAGGAAGCCGACAAGAUCGACUCGUGCCCUCUUGCAAUCGAAUAUGUCUACAACCAUCCAAUGUCAAGCUAAGAUCUGUUGGAUGUUUAUGUUAUUUUUGGGUUUCAAAUUCUUAUCUUUCGAAUGCUGGUAGACAUUGCACAUCCAGUCGUUGCUGACUCUUGAGCAUCGGCAUAAAAUUUGAUCUCUGGAUGGGAAUACUUUGUCCAUGCUUGCUUGAUAAAGAUUACUCCUAAAGUGGACCCAAUAACUAGCACUGUCAUUUCUUGAAUUAACUCGGGUAAUGCAUGUUGUUCUCUA